AGUAUUUUAUUCAUUUUGAGCGCACUUUUCAUGAAUUUGAUUGGUUUUGAAAUACUUUAAAACGUUAUAACUAUUGAACUGUUGUUUCAUUGAUUGUCUGAUCACUUAUUUUAACCACAAUUUACACUUGAAUUACAUCUUUGAUUUGCCAUCUUUUAAGUUGAUCUCAAUUGGUUUAGUCAGUGAUUUACUAUUAGAUCACUUAUUGAUUGAUAACAAUGGAUUCAGGCAUUGAUUUGAUUCAAAAGCCAACGGUUAAUGUCAGUGGCGAUAAACAGCCGAAACGCUGGACAUUGAAUGACUUUGAGAUCGGGCGUCCACUGGGCAAAGGCAAGUUCGGUAAUGUAUAUCUGGCCCGAGAAAAACGUAGCAAAUAUAUUGUGGCCCUCAAAGUGAUGUUCAAAUCUCAACUAAUCAAAAACAAUGUCCAGCAUCAGCUCAGAAGAGAAAUUGAAAUACAGGCACAUCUCAGACAUCCAAAUAUUCUUCGUCUGUAUGGAUACUUCUAUGACGACACUCGAGUUUAUCUGAUCCUUGAGUUUGCACCGAGAGGUGAACUCUAUAAACUGUUGCGUAAAAGCAAUCACUUUGAUGACAAAGAAUCGGCGAAUUAUAUCUUACAAAUGAUUGACGCACUCGAGUGCUGUCACGCGCGCAAAGUUAUUCACAGAGACAUUAAACCUGAGAAUAUACUAUUGGGAUAUAAUGGUGAACUCAAAAUUGCAGACUUCGGGUGGUCAGUCCACGCGCCAUCAUCACGACGAGCAACAAUGUGCGGUACACUCGACUAUUUGCCGCCCGAAAUGGUCUUACAUAAGGCGUAUGACGCGACCGUUGAUUUGUGGUGUUUGGGUGUACUUACCUAUGAAUUCUUGGUGGGAAAGCCUCCCUUUGAGAAUGACGACACAAAACUCACUUAUAGUCGUAUCGUUGAAGUCAAGUACACAUUUCCCGAUCACGUAUCGGAGUUGGCCAGAGAUUUUAUUCAUAGAUUGUUGCAAAGGAAACCAUCGGACAGAAUGCCACUAUCAGAGGCAAAGAAUCAUAAGUGGAUCACAACUUAUGCCAAAAUCAAAGCUAUGGAAAACAAUGAAAAUGUCUGCAACGUUAACAACACAAAUAAUUGUCUUACAGUACAUCCAAGUAAUAAUAAUAAUAAUGAUUAAAUUUUUUGAUAAAUAAAAGUUGGUUUUUAUAAUUCAAUUUAUGAUUUACUUAAAACUUAG